AUGAGCAAAUUUAAGACUGUAAACCGUGACGUUGAGGACCCGAUCCUUCGUCCUCGACCUGUUUCACAGGAAGGAUAUUAUUAUCCAGCGGAACAUGCAAAUGAUAAUAAUUAUCUACACCCAAACUCUAGACGCCAACCAAUACGUCAAUAUGGUUCUUCAGCUUCUUUAGAAGUGCGUCAUGAGCAUAAUCGUCAGCAGAGAGAACAAGAAUUUUUUGCAAGUUCGCCAUCUGCUGCUCGCAGACAAGCGUCUGCUGAAAAUUUAAAAAAUGUGCCAGCUAUGCGAUCAAAUGUCAAUGACACGGGUUCAUCAGAUUAUUAUCAACGAUCCGUUAUACAAACAAGUAAUAACCAUCGUUCACCAUCUCCUUCAAAUACUUAUUUACCUCCACAAAAUAGCAGAGAUUUUGAGGGAACCGGACCGAAUUCAUAUAAUUCACGUGGUAUUACCCCUCAUUUCAACAAUCCACCAAAUCAUAAUUCAACACAACCUAAAUUAUCAAAUAAUUCACGAUCCAUUUCCUCACAACCCAAAAUUCUUGAUCGACCAAUUCGGAAAGAUUCAUACGGGUCGUCUUCUUCACAAUAUUCUAUGAAUUCACAAAAACCUACUUCGCAUGCAGAUCCAUUUACAAGCGCGUCUCCCUUUCAACCAUCACCAGAUUCUCAUGGAACCGGACAACGUCAAGUAAAUCCAGGAGGACAUAUGAAUCAAUCACAAUCCAAAGAUAAUAAUAAUAAUAAAUCUCAGCAUUUCAAUUUGCCCGAUCCUGUUUCGAUGGAAGAUUACGUCUCACAAGCAAUUAAAUAUCACGAAAAUAAUCAGCUUGAGAAGUCAACAGAGUAUUUAAGAGUAGCAACAGAAAAGGAUUCUGCUGUUGGAAUGGUCCUUUAUGGAAUAGCUUUAAGACAUGGAUGGGGAUGCAAAAUAAAUGCCGCAUUAGCAUUCAAAUAUCUUGAAAAAGCUGCUGCCUCCGUGAUGAAUUUAAAUGAUAUUAAUAAAACGGUUAACUUGUCAUCAUUUAGAGGAGAAUUAACUUUGGCAAUUUAUGAGCUAGGGGUAUGCUUCCGACAUGGUUGGGGUAUUCCAAAAAAUAAGGCAACAGCCGCAUAUUAUUUUGAAAUUGCCGCUAAUAUGGGUGAUCCUGAUGCACAAAAUGACGUGGCACUUUGUUAUUAUAAGGGUGAAGGGGUGAAGAAAGAUAUGAAAUUGGCUGCCAAAUAUUACAGAAUGGCAGAUGCACAAGGUCAUGGUACAAUGGGUAAUUCUUGGAUUUUCAAAGAUAAAUAUAAUGAUGGAUAA